CCAUGCUUACAUUUCAUAUUCAAAUACUCUGCUGGGAGGUAGGAACUGGGGAAGAAAGAAACUCCCCAGGAUUGGAAGAAGAGCUCAUCAGAACUCAUUACAGCUAAACUAAAGGACAACUGUUGAAACUCACCCUUACCAAGCCUUCCUGAAAGCAGCUUUUCUGCCAUUUCUAAAAGCAGCUUUUCUCUCUGCUCCAGAUUUUACAGACAAAGAAACACCCCAGACAUGACCUCAGAGACCUACAUGCCAGGCCCCAUGUGCCUCAUCGAGAACAUGGAGGGGCAGCUAGUGGUCAAGCAGGAAGCCCUGCAGAUCCUGUCGGCCAUCACGCAGCCCAUGGUGGUGGUGGCCAUUGUGGGCCUCUACCGCACAGGCAAAUCUUACCUGAUGAACCAGUUGGCUGGGAAGAAACAGGGCUUCUCUGUGGGCUCCACUGUGCAGUCUCACACAAAAGGAAUCUGGAUGUGGUGUGUGCCUCAUCCUGAGAAGCCAGGCCACACCCUAGUUCUGCUGGACACCGAAGGCCUGGGUGAUGUAGAGAAGGAUGAUGAUAAGAAUGAUACCCAGAUCUUUGCUCUGGCAAUCCUUCUGAGCAGCACCUUUGUAUACAAUACCAUGAACAAAAUUGACCAGGGAGCUAUUGACCUACUUCACAAUGUGACAGAACUGACAGAUCUACUCAGGGCAAGAAAGUCGCUUGAUCUUGGAGACGAGGAUGCUGAUGACAUUGUAAGCUUCUUUCCAGACAUGGUGUGGACUAUAAGAGAUUUCUACCUAAGCCUGGAAAUAGAUGGACAACUCAUGACAGCAGAUGAAUACCUGGAGAAUUCACUGAAGAUAAAGAAAGGUAGUGAUCAAAGAACACAAACUUUCAAUUUGCCCCGGUUGUGUAUUCAAAAGUUCUUUCCUACAAAGAAGUGCUUUGUCUUUGACACACCCACUCACCAGAAGAAGGUCUCCCAGCUAGAGACACUGAAGGAUGAUGAGCUAAGUCUUGAAUUUGUGCAACAAGUGGCAGAAUUCUCUUCCCACAUCUUUACCAAGUCCAAGAUCAAGAUUCUUCCAGGAGGCAUCAAGGUCAAUGGCCUUCGUCUAGAGAGCCUGGUGCUAACCUAUGUCAAUGCUAUCAACAAUGGAGAUCUGCCCUGCAUGGAGAAUGCAGUCCUGGCCCUGGCCCAGAGAGAAAACUCAGCUGCAGUAGAAAAGGCCCUUGCCCACUAUGACCAGUUGAUGGGCCAGAAGGUGCAGCUGCCCACAGAGACCCUCCAGGAGCUGUUGGACCUGCACAGGGCCAGUGAGAGAGAGGCCAUAAAAAUCUUCACAGAGCACUCUUUCAAGGAUGAGGACCUAAGUUUCCAGAAAGAAUUAAAGACCCUACUAGAUGCAAAGCAGAAUGACAUUUGUAAGCAGAACGAAGAAGUCUCUUCAGAUCGUUGCUCAGCUUUGCUUCGGGAUAUUUUUGGUCCUCUGGAAGAAGCAGUGAAGCAGGGGGUUUAUUCUAAGCCAGGAGGCCAUAAUCUCUACCUUCAGAAGACAGAGGAGCUGAAGGCAAAGUACCAUCAGCAGCCCAGGAAAGGAAUACAGGCUGAGGAAGCUCUGCAAAAGUAUUUAAAGUCCAAAGAGUCUGUGAGUAAAGCUGUUCUACAGACAGACCAGGCUCUCACAGCCAAGGAAAAGGAGAUGAGAGAGGCACGUAUGAAAGCAGAGGCUGCCAAGGCUGAAGCAGAAAGGUUGGAGGCGAUUCGUAGGCAGAAACAGCAAAUGAUGGAGGAGAGGGAGAGACUCCAUCAGCAGCAAAUAAGACAAAUGGAGAUAGAUAAAGCAAACUUUCAGGCACAGCAACAGAGGGAGCAGGAACGUCGACUCCAGGAAGAAGCCCAGAGGCUCAAAUUGAUCCAUCAAGCUCAAAUUGCAAGAUUUCAAGCUCAGAUCCAGCAGCUCCAAAGCACAAGGCCUCAGCCACAACCUGAUCCAUGUUUGAUACUCUAAAAUGCUAAACAUUAAAGCUUCCUUUUCUUAUUUCUUUUCACUGAAGACACAAAGGAACAAGAAACUAAAGAACUUGGGACAAUCAACAUUUUAAAUGCCUAGUCUUCUGCCUAGUCUUCCAGUUUGUCUCUAGGUAUUGCAAGUUACCCAGGUGUCUAGUUAUUGCAAAUUACUACAUGGGCUCAGUCAAAUGGAAAGGUACCCAGGUCUGGGGUCAGUAGGGCUUCACUUCUACUGCUGGUCAUGUGCUGGAUACCAUCAGAGGGAGGCACCAGUGGUAAAGUAGGAACAAUCUGCAGUUCUCACCUGGGUGGAGACUGCUAUUCUAUGGGCAAUGGUACAAAUCAUCAGCACUGUCAGUUCACCUUCUGCAAAGAGAAAUCCCAAGCUGAAAGAAAACAAUGUUAUCAUGAAAGGGAGAUCUUUAGAGGAUGAAAAGAAAUACUACUGUGGAAAUUGUGUCAUAGGCUUAAGGACUAAAGAAAAAGCCUUUUCCUUUUACUCAUCCUCAAUAAGUCAUGACUUAGAGCAUGUUAUAAUAGGUAACAACUUAUUUGUGACUUGAUAUUUUUGUGUUACAUUUUUAUAAUCCUUUAGCUUGUAAAUAGGAGGCAUAAGUAAUAAUGUGUAAUUAGCCAAAAUUAUAAUGGUGCUCAUUUAAUUUUAUACUUGGUAUAAUGCUAAAGUUAAAUCAUCAUACCAUAUGAAAGCCUGCUGGCAUUUUUUAAAAAGUAUUAAUUGUAUGGGCUGGGGUUGUGGCUCAGCAGUAGAGUGCUCGCCUAGCAUGUG